AUGGCUGAGGAAAACCCGGAGUUGCUGAGCGCUCUGCGGCGUUUAGACCAGGAGUUGGAGGAUGGUGAGAUCACUCAAAAAGGAUACGAUAAGCGUCGCACCCUUAUCCUAUCCCACUACCUGACCUUGAACGACGGAAAUCUUGUAGAUAGAGGCUUGAGAAUUACGAGCCCAACAGUUGCAGGCCAUCGGGUCUCUCAACUUGGUCUAUAUUCCCCUCCGUCAUCCUCUCAAGGCAGUCGUCCUGCCAGUUCAACUCUCUCAGAUGAACGUCCACAUUCAGAUGCACUGCCUGCCAAUUUUACUGGCAGAGAGCAGGAACUCAUAGCCGGGAACGGUAUGGCCGGAAGAGAUUCCACAGGGAGUGCUCCUCAUUCCGUUCAAAGUGGGAAUCAAUUGGCGCGAAUCCAGGAACAAGAAUUGGAGUUUUCAGUUCGUUCUGAGCGGAAACCAUCGACUACAUCAUUUGAUUCCCUUUUCAUCCCUAAAGGCUCAGGUCAACCAGGGAAUAACCACGACGACUCCCGAUCGGGUACCCUAAGAAGCCAUAAUUAUGCAUUUAACCCAGCCGAUCAACCCGACUACGGCGAACCCCAGGCCGGCUCGUAUGGCCCACAGGGUAGUAGUGGUGGACCUACGCGACAGUCUACCAUGCUUGACUCACAGCAGGCAUUUUUCUCGGAUUUCGCCGGCCAACAAAGUGAGGAUCACAGAGAUAACUACGGAGGUGGCUUCCACCGGUACUCGAGCCAGACCGAACCAUUUUCGCCAACCGCUAACAUGGCUCCGCCGUUCAUGAAUACGGCUGAACUGCAGCAUGGAAAGAUCCUCGAUCACCUGUUGCCCCUUGAGCCCCGGGAUGUGGCCUGUGAAGUGCACGAUCCUCACAACCCUAACAUUUCGAUGUCACAGUUCGAUAAUUUACCCAGUGUCCUGCGGCAUCGUGCACGGACUCAUCCCAAGCAACCCGCUUACUGGGUGCUAGACCAGCGCGGAAAGGAAAUCGCGUCGAUAACGUGGGAGAAAUUGGGGAGCCGGGCGGAGAAAGUUGCGCAAGUCAUACGUGACAAAAGCAGUUUGUAUCGGGGGGAUCGUGUGGCACUCGUAUACCGGGACACUGAGGUGAUUGAGUUUGCAGUCGCGAUUCUGGGUUGUUUUAUCGCGGGGGUCGUGGCUGUCCCUAUUAACAAUCUUGAAGAUUACCCUAGCCUCAACGUUAUCCUUACGUCUACUCAAGCGCAUCUCGCUCUGACAACCGAGAACAAUCUUAAAACCUUCCAGAGAGAUAUCACAACCCAGAAGCUUACUUGGCCCAGAGGAGUUGAAUGGUGGAAAACUAACGAGUUUGGAAGUUAUCACCCAAAGAAGAAAGACGAAAGUCCUGCUCUUGUUGUCCCGGAUCUAGCUUAUAUCGAGUUCUCAAGAGCUCCUACUGGUGACUUGCGUGGUGUCGUGAUGAGCCACCGAACAAUAAUGCAUCAGAUGACUUGUCUUAGCGCGAUAGUAGCAUCUGCAUCUCCUGAUGGUACACGACUCGCGAAACCGCACGGUGAAACUCUAAUAAGUUAUCUCGAUCCUAGGCAGAGCAUAGGUAUGAUUCUGGGGAUUCUGCUUACGAUAUAUGGUGGGCAUACCACUGUCUGGCUAGAGGCUCGGGCUGUCGAGACGCCUGGUCUCUACGCCAGUUUAAUCACCAAAUACAGAGCCACACUUAUGUCAGCCGAUUACCCAGGUUUGAAGCGUGCUGUCUACAACUACCAACAAGAUCCAAUGUCGACAAGAAAUUUCAAGAAGGGCAGCGAACCGAAUUUUUCCAGCUUGAAACUCUGUCUAAUCGACGCUCUGACCGUCGACCCUGAAUUCCAUGAGAUUUUGGCCGAUAGAUGGCUACGUCCUCUUCGCAAUCCGCGCGCUAGAGAGUUGGUCGCUCCUAUGCUAUGCCUACCAGAACAUGGUGGCAUGGUUAUCAGCGUUCGUGACUGGCUUGGUGGAGAGGAGCGAUUGGGGUGCCCCCUUACGCACGAGAUGGACCCUGCAGGACAGGCCAACUCAGAUGAAACAAAGAAAGAGGAGAAGACGGAAACGUCUAAACCCGGUUUCGGAAGCAGCUUGAUUGGUGGAACCGCCGUUCCGACGCAGAAACAGUCUAAGAGUAAUAGGGCCGAUUUGAACGAGGUUCUACUUGACAAAGAGGCGCUUAAAAACAAUGAGGUUGUCGUGUUGGCGAUGGGGGAAGAGGCGAGGAAGCAAGCUGAAAGUGGUUUUUGGGCAUUACCGAAACAUACUGAGGCUAUAUUCCAUGCUCGACCAUAUCGAUUCCAGGACGGUAGCCCUACUCCCAUAAUUGUGGAGCCUGAAUUUCUUCGCACCGGCCUUCUGGGAUGUAUCAUUGAAGGCAAAAUAUUCGUUCUCGGGUUAUACGAGGACCGAUUGCGCCAGAAAGUCGAGUGGGUUGAACAUGGAAGAGAGGCCACCGAGCACCGCUAUUUCUUCGUUCAGCACCUGAUUAUUAGCAUUAUGAAAAACGUACCUAAAAUCCAUGACUGCUCGGCGUUUGAUGUGUUUGAGCAUCAUCUUCGUGUAUUUUGCAUCAUGAUCACAGCCCCCAACACGCUGCCACGAGUCACAAAAAAUGGACGACAAGAAAUUGGAAAUAUGUUAUGUCGCAAAGAAUUCGACAGCGGUUCAUUGCCAUGUGUCCACGUGAAAUUCGGAGUCGAGAGGUCUGUUUUGAACCUCCCCAUCGGGGUGGAUCCUGUGGGUGGGAUAUGGUCGCCCACAUCAUCAGCGGCUCGACAAGGUGCGCUUGCGAUGCAAGACAAGCAAUAUUCGGGUGUUGACUAUCGAGAUGUCGUAAUGGAUGACCGGACUUCCACCCCAUUGAACCAUUUUACUACCAUCUUUGACCUGCUGCAGUGGCGGGUCACGCGACAAGCGGAGGAACUUUCUUACUGCUCUAUUGACGGGCGUGGAAAAGAGGGAAAGGGCAUUACAUGGAAAAAAUUCGAUACAAAGGUUGCGGGAGUUGCCAUGUACCUGAGGAAUAAGGCUAAGCUCAAGGCUGGUGACCAUGUAAUUCUCAUGUAUACACACUCCGAGGACUUUGUUUACGCUGUCUAUGCGUGUUUCUGUCUUGGAGUGAUUGCUCUUCCGAUGGCGCCUAUUGACCAAAACCGCCUCUCGGAAGAUGCUCCAGCAUUCCUUCAUCUGGUUGCCGACUUUCGCGUCCGGGCGAUUCUUGUGAACAGCGAUGUAAAUGAUUUGCUAAAGCAGAAGCCAAUUGCUCAACAUAUAAAACAAUCUGCCAACGUCCUUCGCAUCAGUAUCCCUUCCACAUAUAAUACAGCGAGACCUCCGAAACAAUCACAUGGCUGUCGCCAUCUUGGCCUGACUGUUCAAAAGGAGUGGCUCGCUCGCCAACCUGCGUUGGUCUGGACAUAUUGGACUCCGGAUCAAAGGAGGAUGUCCGUCCAUAUUGGACAUGAUACAAUUAUGGGAAUGUGCAAGGUACAGAAAGAAACUUGUCAAAUGACAAGUUCCCGGCCAGUACUAGGCAGUGUUCGUAGCACGAUAGGUCUCGGAUUCUUACACACCUGUUUGAUGGGGGUUUAUGUCGGAGCGCCGACUUAUCUUUUCUCUCCUGUUGAUUAUGCCACUAAUCCAAUCUCACUUUUCCUUGCCUUGGCAAGGUACAAGAUCAAAGAUACCUAUGCUACGAGUCAAAUGUUGGAUUACGCUAUGGGCAGCAUGGCCGCUAAGGGGUUCCAGUUGCAUGAAUUGAAGAAUUUGAUGAUUGCGUCUGAUGGCAGACCAAGGGCGGAUAUCUACCAGAAGAUUCGAUUGCAUUUUGCUUCUGUAGCGCUUGACCGUACUGCAAUCAACACGAUCUAUUCGCAUGUUCUUAACCCCAUGAUUGUGUCCCGCUCUUACAUGUGCAUAGAGCCUAUCGAGCUGUGUUUGGAUACCAAGUAUCUUCGCCAAGGUCUCAUCUAUCCUGUGGAUCCGGACUCUGAGCCGAACUCUUUACUGGUCCAAGAUUCGGGGAUGGUGCCCGUGAGCACGCAGAUCGCCAUUGUCAAUCCCGAAACUUGUUGCCUUGCCCACGUGGGUGAAUACGGUGAAAUAUGGGUCCAGUCCGAAGCCAGUGCGAAAUCAUUUUAUGGGACAAAGCAAGAGUUUGAUCUGGAGAGGUUUAAAGGCCGCGUUGUCGAUGGGGAUCCUUCUGCUGUCUAUGUUCGUACAGGUGACUUGGGUUUCUUGCAUACUGUUACGCGGCCAAUUGGCCCUGGCGGUCAGUCGGUGGAGAUGCAGGUUUUGUUUGUUUUGGGAGGAAUUGGGGAAACUUUUGAAAUCAAUGGUCUCAACCAUUUCCCAGUGGACAUUGAGACAACGAUCGAAAAAUGCCAUCGUAACGUCGUCCCUGGUGGAAGUGCGGUAUUCCAAGCUGGCAAUCUCGUGGUAGCUCUUAUUGAAGUUACCCGAAAAGCAUACCUAGCUUCUUUGGUUCCCGUGAUCCUAAACGCAGUCCUUAAUGAACAUCAGGUAGUGGCAGACAUUAUCGCAUUUGUACCACGUGGGGAUUUCCCCCGAUCCCGGUUAGGGGAGAAACAAAGGGGCAAAAUUUUGGCGUCUUGGGUGACUCGAAAGAUGCAAACAAUUGCGCAGUUCAAUAUCCGUGACGGGGAAGGCUUUGACAGUCACCUCGUAGAUCUGCCCGAGCGAACCAGAACAGCACCUAGGGUUUCCAGCACGAUGGAAACCGGAAGCCGACAUCCGACUCCACAGACAGAGCCUGAAAGCGCUGCUCCACAACGUCAGCUCGAACCCGCCCCCCCGACAGAGCGUCCAGCCCCAGCGGAACCAGCCAAUUCUUUCACCCAAUCGGCAGCUGCACCUAGCCCUGAGCUACGCGCAGCCUCGUUCCGUGAAAGUGAUGAUCAGCCGAACACUACCAGCCACUCCUACAAUCCUUUGGACUACGGCUUCUCCUUCGAGGAUAGAUCGAAAGACGUCUUUGAUGAUUACGAGUAUGAGGAUGAUGAGCCUGCUGAGAGGCCUACUCGGCUAGCAAUUGUGAACCCGGAAGAGCCUGAUGACUGGGAUAAUACUGAUAACAAACACCAACCCCUUCCUCCUGCUGGCGUAUUAUCCGCAGGCGAUGUCCAUGGUUAUAAUAACGAUAUUAAUAGAAGUAACGAAUGGCGAGAAGGUUACAGCCAUUCUGAACUUGACGCCUACUUAUCGAGCGGCAAUCAAGGUCUUGGCGAGGAUCAAAACCGCCACCAACAUCCUCAGGCUCCCAUCCCAUCCUUCGAUAUUAUCUCUCCCGAAAAUAAUCAUAAUAAUGUGAAACCGCAUGCAACGGAUAGGGAUUAUCUUCCCAGUCAACGGGCGAGAUAUAGUUACAUGAAUCAUCAACCGCCAGUGGCAAGUUCUACACUUACUUCCGACCGUAAUCAAAGCCACGGCGCUGGGCAAUGGCAGCGCCAAAGUCAAUAUGAUGACUACCAGCAACAGCAGGAUUACCUGGUCGAUGAUUGGCCAGUGGAGGCGAUUUUGUAUCAGAAUCAGAACGAGAGCCAGGAGAGGAGAUGA